AUGGCGGCAACUGCGCAUGCGCGGGGGGCGGGGCCACAGGGGAAACGCGUGACGUCAGAGAAACCAGUGAAACCAGUAAAACCAGUGAAACCAGUAAAACCAGUGAAACCAGUGAAACCAGUAUGGGACCACCAGAUCCUGCUGACGGUGGUGGUCAUCUUCCGCAUCCUCAUCGUGGCCAUCGUGGGCGAGACGGUCUACGAGGACGAGCAGACCAUGUUCAUGUGCAACACGCUGCAGCCGGGCUGCAACCAGGCGUGCUACGACAGCGCCUUCCCCAUCUCGCACAUCCGCUACUGGGUCUUCCAGAUCAUCCUGGUGUGCACGCCCAGCCUCUGCUUCAUCACCUACUCCGUGCACCAGGCGGCCAAGCAGCGCGAGCGCCGCUGCUCCUGCCUGGCGCCGCUGCUGGAGCCGCGCCCGGAGCCGCCGGCGCCGCGCCCGGCCCGCAGCGCCAAGGCCAAGCGCCAGGAGGGCAUCUCCAGGUUCUACGUCAUCCAGGUGGUGUUCCGGAACGCUCUGGAGAUCGGCUUCCUGGGCGGGCAGUACUUCCUCUACGGCUUCAACGUGCCGGCCAUCUUCGAGUGCGACCGCUACCCGUGCGUCAAGGAGGUGGAGUGCUACGUGUCGCGGCCCACCGAGAAGAGCGUCUUCCUGGUCUUCAUGUUCGCCGUCUCGGGCGUCUGCGUGCUGCUCAACCUGGCCGAGCUCAACCACCUGGGCUGGCGCAAGGUGCGCGCCGCCGUGCGCGGCGCCCGCGCGCGCCGCAAGAGCCUGGGCGAGGCGCGGCGCAGGGAGGCGGCGGCGCCCGCGCUGGGCCGGACGCAGUCCAGCGAGUCGGCCUACGUGUGAGGGGACUGGGAUGGGAUUGGGAUUGGGAUGGAACCAAAAUUGGGAUUGGGAUGGGAUUGGGAUGGAACCAAAACUGGGAUUGGGAUGGGAUCAGGACUGGGAUGGAACAAGAUCGGCGCCCGCGCUGGGCAGGACGCAGUCCAGCGAGUCGGCCUACGUGUGAGGGGACUGGGAUGGGAUUGGGAUUGGAUUGGGAUUGGGAUGGAACCAAAACUGGGAUUGGGAUGGGAUUGG